GGACUGGGCAGGGCGGCCGACGGUGGGGAGGAGGUCGCCGGGUGAGGAGUUCCGACGGUCGGCCGGCGAUGCGGCGGCGGAGACACGGGAGAAUGGGAGGGCGGCGGCAGGGCGAGGCGGCGUCGGCGGGCGAGCGCGGUGGCGGAGAGGCGGCGGCGGCGACGACGCCGUCGCGGCUCCCACUCCCUCUCCCACUCCUCCCCAAGCAGCGGCGGCGGCGGCCACCGAGCAGCGGCGCGACGAGGGCAUCGUUCGCCAUGGCGGCGGCACUUGGGCUCAGCGGCGGCGAGGCGUUCCGGCUGUCGGCGGAUGCGGGCGCGGGCGCGCUCAAGCUGCACAAGGACGACAUCACCCUCUGGUCCGUCGACGGCGCCACCGUCGCCAUCGUUAAUGCUGCUAAUGAACGAAUGCUAGGAGGUGGAGGUGUUGAUGGAGCUAUACAUCGAGCUGCUGGACCUGAACUCGUAGAGGCCUGCCCAGUCCAGAGACGCGGGGCUGGCAGAUUCUCCUACGCCGACGAGCUUCUCAAGGCGUUCUGCGCUGCCUUUCCUUCUUCUUCAUCGUCGUCGUCUCUGCCGACGCCUGCGCCGCCGCCGACGCAGCCGCAGCCAGAGCAGCAGAAACCAGUGGUGGUGGUGGUGUAGGAGAAUCUGCCAGCCCCGACGACGGCCUCUCCGGCGAAGGCGAAGCUGGCGGCCGCGAGGCAGGUGCCAGGCGGCGUGGCUAGAUCCAAGAGGAGGUGAGCUUUCUUCACUUUGCCUCCACGCUCACCCACGCCGUCGCCUUCGGCUUCCCGCGUCGCAGCCGCCGCCGCCGCCUCCUCUCCGCCACCGCGCUCGCCCGCCGACGCCGCCUCGCCCUGCCGCCGCCGUCCCAUUCUCCCGUGUCUCCGCCACCGCAUCGCCGGCGACCUCCUCCCCACCGUCGACCGGCCUGCCAAGUCCAGAGAGGAGUGAGAGAGAGAAAGAGAGAGAAGAGAGGAAAGGAGAGGAAGGGAGAGGCCAGCCUGCUGAAGUGGCAUCCUGACAUGUGGGUCCUACGUGGGUCUCACGCUGACUCAGCCGCCACGUCGGACAAAACCGGGUGCAAAACCACCGAGGGACCUAAUCCUACACUGGUUUUAUAAGUUGGGGGAUGAGUUGUAUCCGGUUUCGUGGUUAGGGACGAUUUUGUAACUCGAUGACAAGUUGAGGGACCUUCGGUGUACUUUUUCCUUCUACCAGGCCUUACUGUCCAUCACAGAGCGAUGUAGCCCACAGCCAAAUAUAAGGCUUUGGAGUUCGGAAGGCGGAACUGGACACACGGCCCAUCCUCUUUUCCGCGGUGGACUGGUUUGCGGGCCAGACCAACAAAACAAAUGUAGGAAUAAGUCUAUUUUGCUUCCCUCAACUCAUGAGCGUGGUUGAAUCGCACCCCUCAACUGCAAAACCGGGUAUAACCCGUCCCUUAACUUUCAAAACUGUUGCAAAUCAA